CACGAUACCCUUGUUUAUAUUCUUGCAUAGCUUACCUUCGCGUUCGUCCAUCAUUUCAAUUCUCGACAUCCUUCUAGAAUCAUUUAUAGAGUUUCAGUUGGACUAGCGCAUCCCACAUUUCCCAGGAUGGAGGAGCUACAAGCUAAACACCGCAAGGAACAGAAAGAUCUACAGGCUCGAAUCACUCAGAAGAAGAAGUCUGCCACGAAGAAGACUCGCAAAGGAAUCAACGAUGAUUGCGAGAGGCUCCAGAGAGAGCUCUCUGAGCGGCAACAAGCCGAGAUCGCGCAAUUAAAUGGCGAAUCGGACCAGCCUGUGGAUGGCAUCGAAGACCUCAGUUUGAACGAAUCCAGUGAAGGGGACCGAAACGUUGAUGAGGCUGGUGACUCACCGGAUCAGCAAAAUGCAGAUAGCCCAUCUGAGACAACACCAUCGUCGCCCCAGAGCUCUACCCCCGCAACCCCGCAACCCUCCGGCCCCCGUCCUAAGAAGCCCAAUCGCCAGAAGGCACGUUUAGCACGUCGUGCAGCGGAACAAGCAGCGCAGUCAGCAAUUGCUGCGGAGGAGGCCGCAAACCAAACCGAUCAUCGUGGGAAUGAGAAAGAGGUCAUGGAGGGCGUGUUCAAGCGCUUACAGUUGAAGGAGGUUGACAUAAACCCGGAUGGUCACUGUCUGUUCUCUGCCAUCGCAUGCCAGUUGGACGAGCAAGGCAUUGGUCUGAAACCUGACCCGAAGAGAAUGAUCCUCCAGCCUCCCACUCAAUCCCGCAUUGAUACCGUGGCUUCGCCCAAACAUGACGGGUAUCGGGCGGUUAGAGCUGUGGCGGCGGACUUCAUUAGCGACCACAAGGACGACUUUGCACCAUUCAUGGAGGAGCCUUUGGACCAAUAUACCAGGAAGGUCAAGCUGACAGCCGAAUGGGGCGGACAACUUGAAUUGCAAGCGAUCGCCAGGGCAUAUGGCGUUGAGAUCAAUGUCAUCCAAGGCGAUGGGAGAAUCGAAAAGAUUGAACCGGGCGAGGUCGAUGAACCAGGCGACGAAGAGGGAAGCAAGCGGGUCAUCUGGUUGGCUUACUACAGACACACAUACGGGCUUGGGGAGCAUUACAACGCACUCUCCAAACAUACAUAGAGAAGCGUAUAAAACAAAAACGUCAAUCAAAGAUUAGGCUAUUGACCAAUCAAGACAGUGACUCCCAUCCCGGCGAUACUUUAUCUACCGUGGAUAUGGCCUCACCGGCGGCGCCAGAUCGAUACCCGAUCUUGAACCUCCCCAUUGGCAUCCUUGCCCACCUCAUGCGUCCGGGCAGGCUGCCAAUAAGCCACUCGUUCCAGUCCUCGAUCACUUGGCUCUCUGAGAGGGUCUCCCCUGCAU